AUGGGAUGGCUGCUCUCUCCCAGGAUCUGCUUCCUCCUUCUUUUCCUUGCCCCGCUCACUGCCAUUGCAACCUCAGAUGCUGAGAAGACCCCACACUACUGGAACGAAGGGGCCAGGAGGAGGCUGGAAGCUGCCCUGGCCUUGCAGCCAGUGGCACAGCGAGCCAAAAACAUCAUCCUCUUCAUGGGUGAUGGCAUGGGGCUGCCCACGGUGUCAGCAGCCCGGAUCUACAAGGGGCAACUGGCCGGCAGCUCGGGGGGCACAGUGCUGCCCACAGCCCCACUGACCCCAGCUUGCCCACAGACCUACACCAUCGACCGGCAGGUGCCCGACAGCGCUGGCACAGGCACGGCCUACCUGUGUGGGGUGAAGGCCAAUGCCAAGACGCUGGGGCUGAGCGGGGCGGCCGUCUACGGCAAAUGCCGCACAGCAUUCGGCAACGAAGUGGACUCCGUCCUGCACCGGGCCCGGCUGGCAGGUAAGUCGGUGGGCAUCGUGACCACCACGCGGGUGCAACACGCAUCCCCUGCUGCUGCCUAUGCACACUCGGCCAGCCGCAGCUGGUACGCCGAUGCCAACAUGCCUCGGGAGGCCCUGCGGGACGGCUGCAAGGACAUCGCCUACCAGCUGGUGCACAACACCGACAUCAACGUGAUCCUGGGUGGCGGGAGGACCUACAUGUCCCCCAGGUGGACCCCAGAUCCUGAGUACCCAGACGACCCGGCGCAGAAUGGCACCAGGAGGGACGGGCGGGACCUGGUGGCCAAAUGGCUCAGCACCAGGGAGGGCGCGCGCUACGUCUGGGACAAGAAGGGCCUGGAUGCGGUUGAUGACACCUCUGUGAGCCAUCUCAUGGGCCUCUUCGAGCCCAAGGACAUGAGGUACGAGCUGAACCGCAACGCCACCACGGACCCCUCCAUCGUGGAAAUGACGGAGAAAGCCAUCCGCAUCCUGCGCAGGAACCCCAACGGCUUCUUCCUCUUUGUGGAAGAUGAGUGCAAGGCCCUGGCUGUGACAUGGGUCAUGGCAGCCAGGUGGGAACAAGGUGGUGACGGCCCCAUUCCCUGUGCAGGUGGAAGGAUUGACCACGGGCACCACAGCGGCCGGGCCAAGCAGGCGCUGACGGAGGCCAUCAUGCUGGACCGGGCAGUGGCACGGGCAGGCGAACUGACGGAGCCCUCUGACACGCUGACCGUGGUGACAGCCGACCACUCACAUGUCUUCACCUUCGGGGGCAACACGCUGCGAGGAGCCUCCAUCUUCGGGCUGGCUCCUAAGAAAGCAAAGGACAAGCGAGCCUAUACCAGCAUCCUCUAUGGCAAUGGGCCGGGAUACAGCAUCCGUGAUGGGGGCCGCCCAGCUGCCAGCCUUCCAGCUGUGGAGGACAAGGACUACAGGCAGCAGGCGGCCGUCCCCCUUGACUUGGAGACCCACAGCGGGGAGGACGUGAUGGUGCUCGCUCAGGGCCCCAUGGCCCAUCUCUUCCACGGGGUGCAGGAGCAGCACUACAUUGCCCAUGCCAUUGCUUAUGCUGCGUGCCUCAAGCCUUAUGAUGCCAGACCCCGCUGUGCUGCACCCCGUAGGGCCUCUGGCAGCACCCAACACUCCCCUUGGCCCUCACUCUCUCUCCUGGCCCUCUGCAUGUCUGCCUUCAUGGUGGUGGGCUGAGAGACCCCACUGAGCCCUGCUUCAGCCCCCUGUUGUGGGCAGGAUCACAGGAUGCAAUAAAAUGUGGGAUGUCUGGCUUUGUGUGCCAUGAAAGGGUUUGUAGCAGCAGUUGUGCCUUAGUUUCCCCGGGUUGUGACUUCUAACUGGAGCCUGCACUGGGGUGAAGCAGGAGAAGAGAUAAUGGUGAGGGGUGGCCAUGUACCCACAGCUCCAUCCCUGGGUUACUGGGAGCCCACGGUACAGAGGAGUUCGCACAGCUUUGAGGUGCUGUGCACAGCCUGGUACAAGGGCUGGUCCUGACAUUUAGUCCCCAUCAGUGCCUUUAUCACUCCAGGAAGUGCUGGGUGGAGCCAUCAGGAGCACCCCAAGUCCCUCCUUCUGCACCCCGUGUUCCCUCCCCUCCACAGCACCCAGCAAUAAGGUGGCAAUGAGGUGCCAACAGCCCAGCCCCAUGGCCUUUGAGCCGAUGGCCCGACAGGAUGCCACGCCAUCUGUGAAAUGCCAAACCCCUCAAGGGCAGAUC